UAACGGGUUUGGGCAGGUGCCCUGCUUCUCCAGCUUCGCCCGCUACCCGAACCCACUGGGCCUCGGCCUGGGCCCCCACCACCACCACCACCGCCAUCACCCCUCUCAAGGAUGAUUGGGUUCUAUGCAGAGUGUUCUCCAAGCACAGAGGAAACAACAACAUUAACAAUGUGAAACCACAUAGCAUGGGAACAACAACAACAACAACAACAACAACAACAAGCCUCUAUGAAGACCCACUCAACUCAUCUCUCCCCCCUCUCAUGGACACCUACGCCUACACCACCACCAUCACCACCCCCGACGCCCAAACCCCGUUCACACCACAACAGCAGCAACAGCCCCUUAACGGGUUUGGGCAGGUGCCCUGCUUCUCCAGCUUCGCCCGCUACCCGAACCCACUGGGCCUCGGCCUGGGCCCCCACCACCACCACCACCUCCACUUGCCCUUUAUGGAAAGGGGCCCACUGACGCCCAUAAAAGCCCCGGCCCACUCUGGCCCACUUCCCGAGCUGGGCCCACCACCCUACGACGCGACAAAGGUGGGCGAAGCGGGUUGGGUUGCUUUCUUGUCCGAGUCCAAUUUGACCUCUUCUUGGAACCCGUUUUCAUGAGAUUUUUCAUUUUGUUUUUUCAGAAAAAAAAAUAUUUAUAGCUUGUUAUAUUUCGAGCGCCUCUUGAUUGGUGAGUAAGCGAGCUUAGUUUGUAUAUUAAGCUUACUUUGUAUACAUGCAUGAAGUGUGUUACAGUUGUUGUUGGUUUGAAUUGCUAUGGACAUAAUUGUUUAAGUAAGUGGGGAUGCAUGCUUAAAUUGGGUUUGUGGAGAAAAGAGAAUGAAUUAAAUGAGGAGAGGAGGGAUCUAAUUAUGUCAUUAACAUGAGUGCUUUGAGUGGCUUUUGUUGCGUGAAUCACACAAGUUUGGUUUCAAUAAUAUUCCUUGUUCUUUUA